AUGGCCCAGGGAAAGCUAUCAGAGGACACAGAGAACAGCCUCCACACCUGUGCUGACAUGUAUCCUGACACAGCCAAAGUCAGCUCCAGUGUAGACAUUGGAGAGCCAGCCAGAAAAGGCUUGUGUGACCGGGUGCAGGUGGUGGGUCUGAGUAGGCGUGGUGGCAGGGUCCACCCGCCCCUGACCCGGAGACGCCAUCGCACCACCUUCAGUCACAAACAGCUGGAGCAGCUGGAGCUGGCGUUUGGACAGAACCACUACCCAGACAUCUACUGUCGUGAAGAGCUGGCGCGCCUCACCAAACUCAAUGAAGCACGUGUACAGGUAUGGUUCCAAAACCGCCGUGCCAAACAGCGCAAACACGAGCGGGCAUCCCAGAAGCUCCUGCCAAUGGGCAUGAUGCCAGGGCACGGGGCACUGCUGGGGGGGAUGUGUGUGCAGUCCACAGGGGUUGGUCGGCAGUACUACCCCCACUCUCUGGCCCACAUCCCCCGCUUUGCAUCCAUGCUGCCCCCUGGUGGUUUCUCCCACCACCCGGGUCCUGCCAACCAGUGUCCAUGCCCCACAGUCCCACCUCAGCCGGCUCCCCCCCGCCAGCAAGAAGAGUGGUACAACUCCUUGAGGACCAUCGGAGCCCCGCCCACCAACCUUGCCACGCCUGUGUUCUCCCUGGCUGCCAUGCCUGCCCUAGACCCUGCCUCUCACUGGAGCUAGAGAAACUCUACUGACAUCUGACUGUAUACAGAUGGUCUGAUGACGCAAGACAUACAGUUGGUAACUGGACUCUAGAUUAGAUUAUUUCUUUGAGCUGAUUGCAGCUGUGCAGUGAUAGGAGGAGCAUGGACAGUGAGGAAACGGUAUCUUGUUCCCACCUCUGUACCUCCUUU